UCCCAGGAGCUUUCACACACUCUCCAGCACACACAUUCCCCUCCCCUCUCAUUGUAUUUCGCUUUCCUUUGCCCACUCUCUUUUUACAACAAACAUGGCCGCUAAAUCUGAUGGAGCAGCCGUGUGUGAGAGCGCUUCUCGGUGUCUGCUUGGCCCUGAGCAGAGCGCGGCUCCUGUGCACCCUCGCACCGAGAAGCGCUUCUCGCUGCUGGACUGCUGCUGGGUGCUGUGCGCUCUCCUGGUCUUCUUCUCCGACGGAGCCACCGACCUGUGGCUGGCAGCGGACUACUACUUGAGGCGGGACUAUUGGUGGUUCGGGCUCACGUUAGUGUUCGUGGUGGUUCCCUCCGCGGUGGUUCAGGUGUUAAGUUUCAGGUGGUUCGUGUAUGAUUACUCGGAAAUGAGCGCGUCCCCGAACGGAGACGGAUGUGAUUUCAGCACCAAGGACAGCGACCGGCGGAGCGGCAGCGGCAGAACCCUGCCUGCGAACGGCACGCGGAAAUGCUGCAGAGUGCUCGUAUGGCUCUUCCAGUCCAUCAUCCACAUCUUGCAGCUCGGCCAGGUCUGGAGGUACGUCCACACCUUGUACCUGGGAGUGCAAAGCCGUUGGCAUGGCGACCCGGGUCAGCGUCAUUUCUACUGGCGUCUGAUGUUCGAGAGCGCUGACAUCAACAUGCUGCGGCUGCUGGAGGCUUUCUUGAAGAGCGCGCCUCAGCUCGUGCUGCAGCUCAGCAUCAUGAUCCACAGCAACCACAUACUGCCCCUACAGGGUCUCUCUGCAUCUGCAUCAUUGGUUUCUCUCGCCUGGAUGAUUGCAUCCUACCAGAAGGUUCUGCGUGACUCUCGUGAUGACAAGCUUCCCAUGUCCUACAAGGCCGUGAUUGUUCAGAUGCUCUGGCACCUCUUCACCAUCGGUGCUCGAACCAUCGCCUUCGCCCUCUUUGCUUCAGUCUUCCAGCUUUACUUCGGGAUCUUCAUCGUGGCCCACUGGUGCGCCAUGACCUUCUGGAUCAUCCAGGGUGAGACCGACUUCUGCAUGUCCAAGUGGGAGGAGAUCAUCUACAACAUGGUGGUGGGCAUCAUCUACAUCUUUUGCUGGUUCAAUGUCAAGGAAGGCCGUGCCCGCUUUCGGCUGGGUGUGUACUACUCCGUGACUUUGGUUGAGAACGUUGCACUCACUGCCGCUUGGUAUAUUCACAGGGGACCUCACACCUCGGACUUCUACGCCCUGAUUAUUGUGUGUGUGGUGCUGUGUAGCUAUGCUUUGGGAACAUUCUUUAUGUUUGUCUAUUAUUGCCUGCUCCACCCAGACGGACCUAUCCUGGGAGCUCAAUGGAGCUGUGUGGAGGAGGGAAUGGGGGUAAUCAGUCUGGGAGGCGUUGGGGAUUUGGGAACCCCCUUGCCCCAACCAGACGUAGUUACUAGCCCCCCCAGAACACUUCAAAGGACUACUGCUGGGGAUCGGGAAAUAGGGGCCGGGGAUAGAGACAGUUGUCUGCCUGUGUUUCAGGUAAGGCCUCCUAGUGUUCCCCCUGCUUCCUUCCCACGUCCCCCAAGAACUGAAGGUCCCGUUAUCCGCAUCGACCUGCCAAGAAAAAGCUACCCAGCCUGGGACGCUCACUUUAUAGACCGUAGGCUGAGGAAGACCAUCCUAGUGCUAGAGAAUACAUCUCCCGUGACGCCUCGGAUCCAGUACCAGACCUUCAGCAACCCCAAAGAAGUGACAGAGUACGAGACUACGGUGUAGUGUUCUUCAUACCUCCGCCUUCCACGUGACAUCUCCAUGCAGAGGUGGAAAUCAGCCACCAUGAGGUUAUGGUCCGAUCCUUGAUGGUCGGCAUGGUGCUACACGGUGGGACUGCAGCAUGUUUGGCAUUCAGAUGCCUGGGAGCGCAUGACUGGUGCACAUCAGGCUGGACAGGAGUAAUGUGGUGUUUACAAGACCUGCAUGGAAAGUGAAACUAGGAAAGGGGCUUACCUUUCUGCCUAUGCACUGAACAUAUAAAAAAGAGCUUAAAUGACAGUGAUGAGAAGUAGAGAACAUUUGUAUUAUAUAGAUGAACUGACCAAUCAGUAUUCCUCAGGACCAGCCUGACUGCUGCACUGGUCGGAGUUUAAUGUUCAGUGACCUGAAAACAGUACAAAUUGUAUAUUGUUUGCUUCUGUGAAUGGUGAGGUUAGCAAGUUCAGUCAUUCAUUUCCUCAAAAGAGUUCUUCUGUAGUUAUUGACUUAUUUAUUUAUUUGAUUUAUUUUUUAUGAAUCUGUGGCCAUGUCUUUGAUAUAAUUCUUCUAAAUGAAUAUACAUAAAUAGAUAUUAUCUUUUGCUAUAUGUAUACAAUAGAAUGGUGCCAGUGUGUUGGUAUGAAUGUUUUUUUGGGUUGUCUGGUCAUGCUGCAUUGUUUAUCUGUAAAGUUGAAGAAAAAAAAAAUGCCAUAUAGUAAGACAAAAAGCUGUGAUCAAAUGUAGUUGAACAAAAAAUAAUACUGUAAAAAAAAAAAAAAGAUUCAGAUGACAGCCUCGGAAAAGUAAAAACAAAAAGUGAAUAUGCGUGUUUGAGUGUUUCAUGAAAAUGGUUUUGGGAGCAACUGGGAACAUAAAACUUGCAAACGUCUGAGUGUUUGUGUUGCAUUUCACACAGAGAAAAAGCAAAUGAUUGACAGUGAAUUCUAAUCCUGUAUGUGAACUCUCUUUACUGUAACUACAGCAGCGAGUCUUGGUUUGGUCCGUCCGCAAGCCUCAAAACCCUUUUACAUCUGUAUUUGUUCAUUAUUUUUUUGUUAUUUGGAAGGGGUGGCCAUUGCUGUGGUUAUGAGGAGUUUAGAUUCUGAAUUUUUCAGGGCUUUGUGGUUUGGCUAUAGUGAAUGUUCUUCUUGGCCACGAAAAGCUGCUGACUAUUGGGGACAACAAUGUUUGUGUGUGUGCUUGGGAGAGAGAAAUACUUUUUUUUUGUCACCUCAUAAAAUGGUAAGACCUCUUUUAGUUUUAAUUGCUUAUCCUACUCAGCUUUUUUCCAGGGCUUUUUUUUUUUUUUUUUUUUUUGAGUAACAAAAAUUGUAAAGAAAUCACUCCAAUUACAAAACAAUCACAAGACAUCAGCUAAAGUGUUUCUCUCUCUCUUUCUCACUCUCUCUGUGAGGUAUUUCGAGGUCUUGCUUGCUGCAUUGAAAUUUUAUUGCUUGGUUAAAAACCAAGCAGAAAAACCCAGAGUCAUGGUGGGUAAUUGCCAAAGACAAGAACCCUGCUGUCCAGUCUGAAGACGCUGAUGGAAAACAAAUUAUGUUUGGGGGCUGUAAUCAUGCUGCCAUAUAAUGGGACGUUCAUACAUACAGGGAUUUUAUUAUUGGAGGUUGUGGAGUAAGUUGAGCAAGGUGUGGAC